AGAGGGACGCCACGUUCAGUGCUUCACAGGCUGGUGUCUGAACUGCACUGACCAUGUCUGGAAGAGGAAAGGGUGGAAAGGGCCUAGGCAAAGGGGGCGCCAAGCGCCACCGCAAGGUCUUGCGUGACAACAUCCAGGGCAUCACCAAGCCCGCCAUCCGCCGCUUGGCGCGACGUGGUGGUGUCAAGCGCAUCUCCGGCCUCAUCUACGAGGAGACCCGCGGGGUGCUGAAGGUGUUCCUGGAGAACGUGAUCCGCGACGCCGUCACCUACACCGAGCACGCCAAGCGCAAGACCGUCACCGCCAUGGAUGUAGUCUACGCGCUCAAGCGCCAGGGCCGCACCCUGUAUGGCUUCGGAGGCUAAAUUGCGCCACCACUGCUUCAU